CAUCGUCCAUGAUAAUAUAUGAGUUGGAGUUUAUCCAAAGUACUCUACAACGUUCAUAUCUAAAUUAUUUAGAUGUCUUAUCCUGCCUUUAAAACAAAUAGCUAAAUGAAUUAAACAAUAAAAAGAUGUGAUUUCAGAUCUGGCUUGUCUUCUCCUCUCCUUUCCAAAAUCUACCUCCUUGCUCUCACCUUGCAGAUCUUAGUGGUUCGGAGAUGCAGUCCUUGGCGACGGAUGCGGUCUGGAGAGCUUGAAGACAGAAGAUCGUCUCCCCUCUACUUCCUCCGUUGUCCAACCGUUCGAGUUUGUUUGUCUUCCCCUGGGAUUCGUGCAGCGGGAGGCGGAUGUUUCGAGCGGCUUGGGGUGGGUUUCGUUGAAGAUCGUUUCUUCACCAGCCUGCCAUCCGGGUGGUGGAUCUUUUUCCGCUGCUUUCUCUACCUUUGAUGUGGAGGCGUUGUUUAGUUCUAGUCAAUCGGCGACAGUGGCGGCGGUUCCAUCCUUGGCGGCAGAGUUUCUAGAGGGGAGCAGUGGUUGCUAGGGUUAGGGUUAGAAAAUGUUGUUUUGGUCCUGGACUUUGGGCCCUUUUGGGUUCCAGGUUUGCUGGGCCUUGUUUUUUCUGACUUUUAGCCCAUGUAUUAUACUGCUUGUAUCUUUUCCCUUGGGCUUGCCCUUUACAUUCUUAAUGAACCACACUUUAAAAAAAACAUCUAUUUUUUUUAGUAGCAUUGUCAUUGAGCCUGCAUGCCGGUAAAGCUGAUAUUACUGAACGACUAGAUGACGGCAAAAUGGUGAAAAGGAUCUUCUUUCUUCUUUCCAACUCAAAACACCAUUACAUUCUUGAGUCUUUGAUGACUGAGUAGAUUUGGAUUCAAAUUAGAAUGACACCCACUUGUUAAGCAUAUAGUAUGCAGACAUGUGCAAACGUCAAGUCAAGUAAUUUAAUAAGCUAAUCAAAAUAAUUAUAGAAUAAAUUGAGUGAAUUUGCAGCUCAAACCCAAUAUUAAAAGAAAUAUAUUGACGGGUCAUAAUUUAGUCAUUUUACUAUACUUUGAAAUUCAAUUUGUAUCAUAAAUUAAUUUGCACUAUACUACAAAUUAAGUUUGUAUCGUAGAGAAAUUUACACGUAUAUAUAGAUGUAAACUGAAUUCGUAUGAUAUAUAUCCAUUAUAGUAUACGAGUUUGGGUUUAUCCUCUACAACAUCUAAAUCUAAAUGAUUUACAUGUUAUUGUCAUUCUCACCUUCAAAACAAAUAGUCAAAUGAAUUAAACGAUAAAAGAUUAAAAGAUGACAAGUUCACCGGUAAAACACAAAGAAACUAAAAGCUGAAAUUCAAUUGGAUUACUAUGAACUUCCAUCUUGUCAGGCCUUUAACCAACUUUUUUUUUUUUUAACAAAGAGAUCUUCAACCACCUUCAUUCCAUAAGAACAACUAGAAACAAAUCGUUUAUCAGUUCUGACCUCAUCUUAAUGUCUCUUAUCGGUCGAUCGUUCCCAUUACGCAAACCUAGCUAAUUCACCCAUUAGGGCAGAGUAGUUAACAAUCCCUUGUUUGUUUCCCUUUGGUUGCUCUCUUUACAGUGGAGCAGUUGGAGGAAGAGCUCUUGGUUACGUACACAGUUAUCCGAAAUUCCACAGCAGCAGCUAAUGAAGACCAUUCAUAUAUGAACAGCAGGAAUUUUCCGCCAUUGCAUCAUCAUUCAUUGAUUCACUCGUCGUCUUCCUACAAGAACGCCAUCAUUGUAAUCCAUCUCAAGCAAUAGGCAGAGCAGCAUAACAGCAAUCAACAAUGGGAAGCCCAUUUCUUGUGGAGUUCAAGAGACAAGCCUCCUUCUACCUCAAGGAGAAGAUCAAAACUGCUCGCCUGGCGCUUACCGAUGUCACCACCGCACAAAUAUUGACAGAAGAAGCUACAAGUGAAAACGUAUGGCCGCCGGACACACGCAGCAUGGGAGUGAUUUCGAGAGCUGCUUUCGAGGUCGACGAUUACUGGAGAAUCGUGGAGAUCGUACACAAUAGGUUGAUCAACUUCGAAGAGGAAAGUUGGCGAGUUUCUUACAAGACCUUGCUUCUGUUAGAACACCUUCUCACACAUGGACCCUUGAGAGUUGCUGAAGAGUUUGAAAGGCAGAGGCCUGUUAUCAGGAGGAUUGGGUCUUCUUUCUCGUUCGUUGAAGAAAAAGGUUUCAACAGGGGUUUGAGUGUGGCGAACCUGUCCUUGAAGGUGAUAAAGCUAAUCGAAGACUGCGAGUUUCUCAUGGGAGAAAGGACACGACAGCGAAAAUUAACGCGAGGGAUUCAAGGAUUCGGAAGAAGCUUCAACGAUGAACAACAACAGUCUACAUCAUCGACAUCAGAUGCAGAGGAUGACAGUCCGAGGAGGAUGACCCGGCUGAAUUCCAGCUAUGAUCUAUCUCAAGAAAGAGCUCAUUCUCCUGCACAACAUUCUACGGGCGAUAUAGAUUCAGACGACUGCAGCCAGAGCCAGAGUUCUGAUUCCACUGGCGGCGGGAUAGUACUAAAGGCAAUAACCAGCUGGAAUUCAAGCUGCGAUCUUCUCAAACUAAGGGUCAAUUCCUAUACCGAACUUCCAAACGAUGAGCCAGAGACGGAAGAUGAAGAACACGAGGGUUCUUCCACUAUUGAAGCCGAUCACCUAUUACUAAAAUGUGAUCAUCCAGCCAUAGUUUCUGUUCCUUCUCUAUAAGUAGUGAAUGUUUUUCUUCAAACACACAAAUUCGUUUUGUGUGGUAUGUAAAGGCCUAUGCAUUAAUUCAUUUUGAUGCUUAUAUGUUGAGAACAUGUAAAUGCAAACGAAGAGAAUAAACAGAGCAAAGGGUUUUACAAGCGCAAAAUGGGAGAAAAUUGCAUUCUAAUAUUCAGAAGAAACUUCUCAACAUAGUAAAAUAAAGCAAUUUGC